AUGGUAUCAAAAGAACUCUUGGAACAAACAUUAAAAGAAAAAUUUUCGGCGGAACAUGUAGAAGUUAUCGAUACCACCCCUGGCGGAUGUGGACAAAGUUAUGAAGUAAUUAUUGUUUCUUCAGUGUUUGAAGGUAAAACUAUCUUGCAGAAACAUCGAAUGGUAAAUGAAGCUAUAAAGGCCGAGAUUGCACAAUUACAUGCUUUUUCACAGAAAACUUACACACCAGCACAAUGGGCUGAACAACAAAAUAAAUGA